CUUCUUGUUUGUUUCAAUUCCUCUUCAUUUCUGUUGCCAUUUAAGUUUUUUUCUCUUCGGUUAAAAUCAAUUGUUUUUCUCUAAUUAUUCUUUUUAAUUGUAUCAAUUUAUUGACUUAUAAUCAUGGCUGAAAGAAGAAGAGGUAAAAAGAAGAGAGAGAUUGAUGAGAUUGUUGAAGAUGACAAAUCUCAAAAAAUCGAAUUCGAGGUUGCCAAGUAUUUAAGAAGUAAACUACCAUCUAAAAGGACUACACUUUUAGGCCACAAAGUGGAUUAUUUCAUUGCUUCUAAGGCAAUAGACUGUCUUCUUGACUCAAAGUGGGCCAAAAAUGAUAAAGGUGAAGAUGCAAUGUUCACCACCAGAGAUUCUGUUGUAGGCUACAUGCAAAGAAUGCUUGUCCAUCAAUUUUUCCAUCGAGCAAAGCCAAUAAUUGUUAGUAAGAAAGAUAAUCGAAAACGUGGAGAUGAUCCUCCAGAAAGCUCCGCAGCCGAAGAUAAUCGAGAAAAGAAAAAGGAUAAAGUGAAAAAGGACAAAAAAGAGAAAGACAAAGAAGUCGAAAAGGACAAAAUUAAAGAAAAUAGUAAAAGCGAAAAAGAUGACAAAGAUGAGAAAGAUGAAUCUAAGGACACUGAAAAGGAUAAAGAUGAUAAAGGUGACAAGGAACUUACCAAUAAAGAAAGUAAAGAGAAAAAGGAAGGAAAAGAUGGAGAGCGAAAAAAAGAGAAAAAGAAAGUAAAACUUGACAUGCAUCUAGAGCAAAUAUUUGUCGAUGGAAAUCAUCCUUACGUUUGGAUAUACGACCCAAUUCCCGUUAAGACUUGGUUCAUUGGAGCAUUAUUUGUGAUUGCAGCUAUUGCUAUAUGUCUAUUCCCGUUAUGGCCUAAGCCCGUUCGUAAUUUUGUCUAUUAUUUAAGUUUAGCUGGUGCAGGAUUUUUACUCUUUGUCUUCUCACUUGUAAUACUCCGACUCGUUAUAUUUGUUAUAAUUUGGUUGUUAACUUUUGGAAAGCACAACUUCUGGAUCCUCCCAAAUCUUACCGAAGACGUUGGCGUUUUGGAAUCUUUUUGGCCAUUAUAUCAAUACGAAUAUAAGGGUAGUAAAAAGAGCGAAGAUAAAGAUGAUGGAUCAAAAGAGGAAGAUGCCGAGGAUGACAAAAAGGAGAAAACUAAAGAAAAGAAAGAGAAGAAAGAAAAGACUGAAGAAGAUCAAACAGGUGACGAAAGCAUAGUAGACGAUAAGAGGAGCGAUCGAAAAGGAAGUAAAACAACCGAGGAUGAGGAUGAUGAAGAAGAAGAGGAGGAAGAAGAAGAAGAAGAAGAGGUAGUGAGAACCGAGAAUGAGAUUACCGAUGAGGAUGAUGAAGAUGCUCCAUUACUGGAGGGUGACGAUGGUUCAUCUAACCCAGUAAAGUUUAACAAUGUUGAUGACAAUGGAUUUGAAAUACUUGAUGUUCAUGAAUCCAGUUGAUCAUGUAAAUGAUAAUAGAACAGAAAAUGGAGAAAAAGAAUUCUGUUAAAUUGUCUCUCAUACUAUCCAUCAUCUAAACAAUCAUCAUCAUCAAUUAUUCAUUUACUAUCUAAGGCAAAGUAACUACAAACCAACAUUUAAUGCAGCAUGAAAUCAAAACCCCAUCAAGAUUCAUCGGAAACACUCAUCAAAUUAAAUCAACAACAACAAAAGAAAACCAGUCAAAAAAAAAUUAACCUUCGGAUUGGAAAAUUGACAAAAUUUUAACAAAGAAAUCUCAUGUGAAAAGAAACAUCAUCAUCCUGAUCAUCUUUAUCAUCAACAUCUUCAACAACAGUUAUACACAAUUUAGUACUUUUUUGGGUUUUUAUGAUUUUCUUUCCUGAUCCAAACUGUAUAUUAUAUUUAAAUGAUAUAUAUAUUACAUCCUACAAGAAAAUGCUUUGUUCCCCAACAAUUAAAGAUAAUUGUUGUAGCUCAUAUUGAUUUAUGUAUGUAUAUCAUGAAAGAAAUGAUUUAGUUCCAUGUUGAUUGAGAUUAUCUGGCAAAAUGUGAUACACUAAUUACACAACCAAUUUAAUUGUACCAAGAGAGGAUUGAAAUGUUUUUACUAUUCUUUUAUAAAUGAUUCUAUUAAUAUUAAGACUGCGAAGCAAAGUUA